UCGUGACUUUCCUGGCUGAUAAUCGCCAGCCAUUUUACUUGUCCUUAUCGAGUGCUCCAAAUGCGAUCUCGGUGUCAGAGUGCGCCCCCGGUGUGAGUGCCUGCGUGUGUGUAGCUGGAUCGUGCGAAAAACCCAUCGUGUUGAUGUUAUAGUACACAGAGAAUCCCAACAGACCCAUACGAACAAUUCCGAAAAUGAAGUACCACCACCUAGUGCUGUUGUGUUGCGCUUUCGUCGCGAUAUCGUGGCCGAGGCCCGCCGCCGCGGAAAUCAAAGUUAAUAUCUACACCAAUCUCCACGCGGACCCUGAAGUUGUCCACUACAGUGCGAAGAACACGAUCGAGCUGAAUUGUAAUACAACGGAGAGCGAAGGAGAUAUUACAUGGGAAAAAGGCGGCAAGCUGGUGACGGAAGUGAGCGACUUGAAGGACCGCGUCGUCAUCAAAGGCCAUAACAACAACACCCUCACGUUGAAGGACCUGAAGGAGAACGACGUCGGCAACUACACGUGCGUCCUCACCAUCGGCAGCGCCAGAUAUCAGGACAGCGUCGCCUUGGCCACGGCGUCCAGCGCCAAGUGGGGCGUCAGGGUCACGAAGAACACCAACGUCGUCGAGGGCGAGAAGCUGACGUUGAAGUGCGAGGUGCGGGGGGAUCUCACGCUCCAGUGGUGGUACAGAAACACCACCAGUGGUGACAACUACACGCAACUGCCAGGAAAAGAAGAGCGUGUUAGGCUAGUACCGUACUACGACGAAGAUAGAAAAGUCAACGUGACCGACGGCGAGCUAAAAAUCGACGAAGUCAACAUGGGCGACCGGGGUGAAUACAUAUGCAUCGGCGAGUCCGAGGACGGACAAAGGUUCAACAUGACUAGCGCAGUCCGCAUUAAAGACAAGUACGCAGCCCUGUGGCCAUUCUUGGGCAUAUGUGCCGAAGUGUUCGUUCUCUGCGCCAUCAUCUUCAUAUACGAGAAGAAACGUAACAAAACCGAAUUAGAAGAAAGCGACACCGACCAAAGUCCAGACCAGAAGUGACGUUUUCUUCCAGGAAAAACACCCCCGACCACGGUAAAGAGUCAAACUUGAGGCACAGGCAGUGAAUCCAGUUGUUAACCCUACCACACGUAAUUAAAAAUGAAAUUAGAAGUUCAAGUUAUAGUUACAUUCGUCAUGUGUAUUGAAGACUAUUUAACUAACAAAGUUGUCCGAGUUCGCACUGUACAAAGUAACGUUUAAGGUUAUUGUUGAAGCCUUCGUUUUCUCGGACGGGUGUUGCUUUCGAGUACAGUCUUUUUUAAUUGUUGUUGUGUUUUUUCCGCGACUUCGAUUCCGUUCAGGUACUUACUUUUCCAAUUUCUAGUACUUAAUGUAGAUAUUGUAAAAUUGUUAUGGCGCAAUCGAAAGAGGCUGUAAUCCACCGCAAACCAUCAACCAUUGUACAUAAAUAAAUUAAGAGAUUGUAUCUUGUUUAUAUAUGUAUUGUUAAAAGAAAUUGUGUUUAAACAUAUGGACUGUUGUUUUUUCUUUAUGUUUUUGUGAUACUUCACAUUGUAAAGUGCUUAAUGAUCCAAAGACCGCGUCUUGUUAUCUCUGAAUUAAUUUGGCCGAUUUGUAGUUAAAAGUAUCAAUGUGGUCUUCAUGUCAUCGGUACUAAUAGAUUCUGUAGGCUGCUUGGUUUCACCGCUCAGUGCUAACUUCUAGGGUUUUGAUUUCGACCAAAAGUGGCGGCGGCACUUGUCCCGCGCCGCCAUUUCUCGAUGUGAACCAUUUUAACUCUUCUCUAGUUGACUUACUGAUAAAUUUUAAGCGUACUAUAUUAGAAUAUAAAAUAACAAAGCGAUGACUUAAAAAUAACACAGAGCAGAUUUAUUUUUUACUUAUUCUAAGAGUUAUAUUUAAGUCAUUAUUAGGUUUAGACUUAAAUUUCCACGAGGUGAAACUCGAACUCGCCGUCCUAUCCCCACUCAAUCGACUUAGUUUAGGUUCCUACCAUAGCAUCGACGGCUCUUCGAAUUCCACCCGACAUAAACAAAAAAAAAAUAAAUAAAACAAAUUCAACUAGUAUUCGCAAUUAGAGUAAAAAUAUUGGUGCUUGCACAAAAAGUACUUCAUCGGACAGGAUCCACUGUCGUCGCGUUCAUGUUUAGACGCUGCGCUGCUGAUUUUCGUUUGAGUUGUAUGUAUAAUCGUUUUCAUCCCAUCAUUUGUUUUUCUUUCGUAGUUUAACUUUUUUUUAUGUAACAAUCAUCUAUACUUCCCUGUUUUUACUUGUGACAUACCAUUUUUAAAAAGUAAUCACAAAUUAUUAUGUUGGAAUAAACUUGAAAUAAAAUUUUAUUCGUU